AAACGCGAAGAAAUCCCUAACAAUACUAUUAUGGUUAGGGGUUUGGCACCACAUAUAACAGAGAAAGAUAUUGUGUCCAAAUUAUCGGACAAUAAUUUGGCCGCAAAAGACAUACGUUUAAUGAGAAAGAAAGAAACAGGAGUCUCGCGUGGAUUUGCUUUCGUCGAGUUCACUAACAUUGAAGACGCCAUUCAAUGGAAGGAAUUAACUCAGGGAUAUUUGUACUUCGAUGAAGAAUGCGAGGCAUCCGUUCACUACAGUAUUCCUAAAGACAAUUUCAGUGGUGAUAAAAAUAUUAUGAAAAACGAUUGGAUGUGUUAUAAGUGCGGAGUCAAUAACUUUAAACGUCGUGAAGAAUGCUUUAAGUGUGGAACACCUAAAGACGAGUCGCUCGCAAAUGAAACCGGAGAUGAAGUCAGUCUGAGUCCAACAAAUGCUCUGUUGUUAAGCAAACUAUCGGCGAACACAACCGAAGAAAAAAUUUUGACAAUUUUGGGUUCAAUCACUGCUUUACCC